CUACGUCAUCUGAGGGCGAUAGCUCUUCCUGUAGUAACAUGGCUAGCUGCUGUUCCCUGAAAUUAUUGACACUUUUCAGCCUGAUUAUUGUUCCUGCCUCGGUGGAAAGUAAUAAUAUUGAGGCUGAAGCUGGUAAAUUCUUCAGCAGUGGACACACAAACAAUUGGGCAGUUUUGGUGUGCACAUCCAGAUUCUGGUUCAACUAUCGUCAUGUGGCCAACACACUAUCUGUGUACCGUAGUGUCAAGAGACUGGGCAUCCCAGACAGUCACAUAGUUUUGAUGCUGGCCGACGACAUGGCGUGUAACCAUAGAAACCCGAAGCCGGCCACGGUUUUCAGUCACAAGAACAUGGAGCUCAACGUGUACGGAGAUGACGUGGAGGUGGAUUACCGUGGUUACGAGGUGACCGUUGAGAACUUCCUCCGUGUUCUGACGGGAAGGCUGCCUCCCAGCACCCCGCGGUCCAAACGCCUUCUCUCUGACGACCAUAGCAACAUCCUCAUCUACCUCACUGGUCACGGUGGGAACGGCUUCCUGAAUUUCCAGGACUCUGAAGAGAUCAGCAACGUGGAGCUGGCCGACGCCUUUGAACAGAUGUGGACGAAGAGAAGGUAG